GCGAGUACCUGCACACAGCUGGUGCGUCCAUACACUCCCUUCACACUCACUUUGUUUACCUUACACACUUAUCUGUCUGCAGCAAUAACAGGCGCAACAACACAAAUGAACAUCCAUCGGACUUAAUUUUAGCGAGAGGGCUCCGUGGCUGGCUAGUCAUGACGGAGGCGCAGACGGACUGGCUGGCAUGCGGUGCGCGUCGGUGCAAGGCGCAGCGGGUAGCAGAGACUCUGGCGGCCAGGACGGCGCAGUACUCCGCCCUCCUCUGCCUCAGGCGCUCCAGGCUGAAGGCGCUCCUGGAUGACGACGAGGCUAGGGACCAGGAGGAGCUGAGGAGGAGGGCUCGUCUUCUACUUCAGGAACAGCAUGCGGUGCGUGUGGAAGCAGCAGCUGCGGCCGCGGCCCGACAGGAGGAGGAGCGGCUGCGGCACGUCCAACAGGCCGAUGAGCAGCGGCGCAAGCAGCAGUGUCACCAGUACAGGGAGGCGUACUCGAGGACGCUACAGAGGCAGCUGAACGAGGCCAGGGCCGACGAGAUCACCCUGAAGGAGUACAUGAGACAUCAGUAUGGCAUCCCCCCUCCCCCAGGCAAGAGGCCCUGAUGUCCCUCUGACCUCCCCCUGACCACACCUGACAUCACCACAUACUCCACUGAACGACACGAUACCACCGCAUAUGGGCAGCAACACGUGUUGACGUCACAUGAUGCGGGGGAAAGCAUCAAUGUGAGCGUUCAAAACAGACGCCAGCCAGUGACGUCACCUGCAGAAACAGGCGAAGACAAAUUGAGUUAGACUGACAUCAAAGUUACCCAACACCUUUACAGGACAUAAUUGAUAUCUGAUAUUGAAAUAAAAUGUCAGAACA